GUUGUCAAGUAAAUUAUUUAUCAUAUUUGUAUGCAAUGUCACGGUUUCUUUCAAAGUGUAAUAUUUGUAAAAAUAAGCCAUGGUUUAUUAUCACACAUCGAGCAAUAUAAAAAUAUUGAGAAAUAUUAUGCUUGACUAUGCGGCGACCAGUGAGGUAUCACCAUAUGAGUAUAUGAAAACUUAUAUUGAAAAGUGUCCAGAAGAUAUACAGGAUGCGAAAAUCUCAUGGAUUGUCGAAUCAUUCUUAGAGAUACAAAAACAUAUUCGGUUCUUGAAAGAGAUAGCAUCUUACAUGUCGAAUGAACUUUCAGACGAAGAUCAGGAUUACGUUAUUAUAAUACUUCACGCCGUAACUUUCCAAAUCGGUCCAAAAUGUAUGCCACACUUGUAUAAGUGCUUAUUUAAUUUAAGCAAACCGCUUUUGAAUGGUUUUACAAAGUUUUUGGGUAACAACGAAAUCUUAGCUUUUAUUUCACAGAUAGCUCAGUCUAGUUAUGACACAGAUUAUAUAACUGAAAAAAUUAUUAGCCCUCUUUUUGAAUGGCAACCUUACAUUAGUGAAAUGGCACACAAUUAUGCCGAAUACGUUAAAAAAGUUGAAAGUAGGAGAUUAAAACCGCCCACUGUGCCUAUACAGCCCAAAGUUUUAAGCCGCAAAACUAAAGAAUCGCCGUCACCACCACUUCAGGUAUCAUUACCGGUUACUCCACCGAACUCCGUAAAAAAUAAAUGCCGCAGAAUGCUCACAAAAAGCGCAAUCGAUUUAAAACUGAAGCAAGUGCAUGAAAAAAAUAAACAAAGGGCGAAUCAUUUACUUAAUGACGUGAAGAAUAAACAUUAUCAUUAUGCACAAGUAAAAUCUGACAAAUCUUACAAAAAACUUAGCAAUAUCAAAGAUGAAAUAGAUAAUGAUAUAACAAAACCAGUAACACGGCCAAGACAUAAAUUUAUUAUCAAGGGACCACCUCCUCCUGUGAAAGAUACUGCCACGACGGUAAAAAGAAUAAAUAAACGAAUGCAAAUAGUAGAGGAGGAGGAAGUGCAAUGGUUACAUAGUCUUGUAAAAUCUUGUAAUAACGUCGUAAAAGUUGAAGAACUUGAAGAGUAUGACCGACAAGAACGAGAGAGGGAAAGAUUAUAUGACAUUGAAAGAAAACAUCUGAUGGGACAAAUUUCACGAGAAGAAGCUUUCAUAUCUAAAAAUAAAUUGCGAGAGGAUAAUAGAAAAAAGUAUGAACAGUUUUUAAAAGAAAAAGAAAUUUGGAAUGAAGAAAUUGAGAAGUGGAAGAAAAGUGAGAUUGAAAAAAAUCGUAAAUAUGUUGAAAAACUUUCUAUGAUAGAACUCAAUAUACUUCAAGCGAAAAAUGGUGUAAUGGAAAAAAAGAAAGAUUUAGCUGAAAAUAUUAAGAAAGAAUCAGAAGUGAUGCUUGCAAAAGCAAUGAAAAUAAAACAAGAAGAGUUGGAUCGUAAAAUUAACAUGAUUAAAGAAAUUAAAAUAUUAGCUCUUAUUGCUAAGAAAGCUAAAGCCCCAAAAAUUAUAGAUCUAACAGAAUCUUCUGGCAUAGGUUUAUUAUGUGAAAUGUCCAUCACUGAACUUCAAGAAAGAUUAAACAUUAUGAAAAUGGAACUAAAAGAAGAACUUGAGAGAAAGAAAACUCUUAUAAAAGAAGAAAAUACAGCUGCCAAACAGGAGUUGGAAGCUGCUAAAAGUACUAUUAAAAAUUAUAUGACCGAACGGGCAAUAUUACGAAAACAAAAUAAAAAAUCAAAUUCUAAUGUUGAAUAUAAAUCUUCAAAAGAAAUAAACGAUUUAAAAAAGAUGUUAGAAGAAAAAAGAAAAUUGCGAAUAAAGAUGAGUUAUUGAAUGUAUU